AAAUCCUCUUGUUCUGUCUAUCUUCGUUGUAAACUAGCAACUGCAGUUCCUUUGCACACAAGUCCCAUGUUAAAUUCACAAUCCCUGUUGAUUAGGAGUCAGCACUCAUUCAAAAGACCAUAAGACACAGGAGCAGAAUUAGGCCCAUCGAGUCUGCUUCGCCAUUUGAUCUAUUUUUUCCCCUUUCAACCUCAUUCUGCUGCCUUCAUCCCGUUGGGUUGGGCUGAAGAUAGACAUUAAAAUGCUGGAGUAACUCAGCAGGUCAGGCAGCAUCCCUGGAGAGAAGCAAUGGGUGAUGAUACGGGUCGAGACUCUUCUUCAGAUUGGGCUGAAGGGUCUGUUUCCGUGCUGUAUGACUCUGUAAUGAAUAGUUGGGAUGAGGCCUGGGUCAUGAAAAACUUUCAAAUGCGGCAAUCAUCAAAUGCGAGGCCGCCCUUUGAUGUACUGUGCCGCAGAGGUGUAACAUUUGAAAGAAAAUGUCAGCCGUGACCAGUUACCCAGAAUCCCUCUUGCGAGGGAAAGGCCUCUAUCUCCGCAGUGGGCGGGCGGGCGGAGGGGCGUGCGCAUGUGCGGAGGGUCAUGCGUUGCGUGGCCAGUGUCGAUCUUUGGUGUCGGCGGCAGCGGCGGUGGGACGAUGGCAGGUGAGAUGGAGACAAUGCAGCAAUCGGAUGCGGGCACUGGUUCGCAGGAUGAUGCUGCUGGUGCAGACAGAGACCCGAGGCGCUUCACCUGCACGGAGUGCGGCAGGAGCUUCAAGCAGCGCUGCGACCUGAAGCGACACGGUAAGGUGCACAGCGGCGAGCGUCCAUACUGGUGCGCGUCCUGCGGCAAACGCUUCAGCACCUCCUACAACCUGCUGAUCCACCAGCUGAUCCACCGCGGGGAGAAGCAGUACAAGUGCAGGGCGUGCGGCCGCGAGUUUGUGCAGCAGCACCACCUGGUCACCCACCAGCGCACCCACACGGGGGAGAAGCCCUACCCGUGCCCGGUGUGCGGCAAGGCCUUCCGCCAGUCCUCCACCUUGACGGUGCACCAACGCAUCCACGGCGAGGAGCGGCCCUACCACUGCCCCAGCUGCGGCAAGAGCUUCAAGACCUCGUCCAACCUGUCCAAGCACCGGCGCAUCCACGGCGGCGAGCGGCGCUUCGCCUGCGAGGUGUGCGGCCGGCGGUUCCUGCACUCCCACCACCUGGCCACCCACCGCCGCACUCACGCCGCCGACCACCCCUCCCCGUGCCCGCUGUGCGGCCAGCGCUUCGCCCACCACGCCCAGCUCCUGGCUCACCGCCGCGCCCACGCCGGCGAGCCCCCUUACAGCUGCCAGACCUGCGGCAAAGGCUUCGGCCAGCGCUCCACCCUGGUGCGGCAUUGGCGCACACACACCGGGGAGAGGCCUUACACCUGCCCCAUCUGCGGCAAGACUUUCCGCCAAAUCUCCACCAUGCAGGUGCACCACCGCACACACUCCGAGGACCGGCCCUACUGCUGCCUCCAGUGCGGAAAGGGCUUCAAAACUGCCUCCAACCUCAUCGGGCACCAUCGUGUCCACAGGAGUUAGAGCAACAACACACAGUCACCGGACCAGGCCCAGAGAUCGUGGACACACAACAGCAACAAAAGCUUUUCACUGUACCUCGGUACACGUGACAAUAAACUAAACAAAGACACAGAGCAUAUAAUAGAAAGCUUCUGGUACCUUGUCCUUCAUCAGUCAGGGUAUUGAGUAUAGA